CAUGUGAUCCCAUGAUUCCAAAAGGCAGAUACUGCAUUCCUGAAUCUUAGCACUUUGAUAUUCAUUUAAUAUACGGACGCACUGGCUAUUCUUCCUGUGACACAGUUCGGCGAAUUGCAUUCAGUCCUGUACACUAGGAGCAGCGUACAUGCAGUGCAGCAACAGAUACAACAGAAGUGUCGGCGUUUGAGCUCCUGAUGUUUGAUUUAAAACACGUGCGGGGCACCGCUGGGUCUCAGAGGAGCGACACCUUCUCUGAAUGCUGCAUAUAGAGGGAUCUACGGGCUGGCCUGUUUGAAUGGGAUAAGCCGCGAUGUCCGACACUGAGCAGCAGUUCAUGGAGACCUCGGAAAAUGGCAACGAGGGCGACGACCUGAACGGGGCCGAGGCUGCCGAGCAGCCGGACUAUCAGGAGGAAGCGGCGGUGGAGGAGGAGGAAGAGGAGGAGGAGGAAGGCGACUCGCAGCAUGGCGCCGAGGAUGGCGGGCGGAUCAACGCCAGCAAGGGCGAGGAGGAUGCGGGCAAAAUGUUUGUUGGCGGACUUAGUUGGGACACGAGCAAGAAAGACCUCAAGGAUUAUUUCUCCAAGUUCGGGGAGGUGACUGACUGCACGAUCAAGAUGGACCCCAACUCGGGACGGUCGCGAGGAUUUGGCUUCAUCCUGUUCAAAGACGCCACGAGUGUGGAAAAGGUGCUUGAGCAGAAAGAACACAGACUAGAUGGGCGACAGAUUGACCCAAAGAAAGCAAUGGCGAUGAAAAAAGAGCCAGUUAAAAAAAUAUUUGUUGGUGGUCUCAAUCCAGAGACGACGGAGGAGAAGAUCCGGGAGUACUUCGGGACCUUCGGAGAGGUCUGCUGCGUUAAAUCAAGCCAGAUGUCUUCAGAAAAAUAUAAUUCCUGCUUUCCUGAUUUUCACUCUUGUGUUGUCCCCCAGAUUGAAACCAUAGAGCUUCCAGUGGAUCCAAAGACAAAUAAAAGGAGGGGAUUCGUCUUCAUCACGUACAAGGAAGAGGCAUCUGUUAAGAAAGUGCUUGAAAAGAAAUACCAUAAUGUUAGCGGAAGCAAGUGUGAGAUUAAAAUCGCUCAACCCAAGGAGGUUUACCAGCAGCAGCAGUUCGGCGGCCGUGGCUAUGGACGUGGCAGGGGGCGAGGUCAGGGCCAGAACUGGAACCAAGGCUACAACAGCUACUGGAAUCAAGGUUAUGGCGGUCAGGGGUACGGAUAUGGUGGCCAACAGGGAUACGGAAGCUACGGCACUUACGGCAACUACGACUACUCAUCUGGUUACUACGGCUACGGAGGGGGAUAUGAUUAUAACCAGGGCAAUACAAGCUAUGGAAAAUCUCCGAGGCGUGGAGGCCACCAGAGUAGCUACAAGCCAUACUGAUCGCGCGCGGCAUAGGAAUGAAGUGAGUCAGAGCAAGACCCUCCGCGGCGAAGGCAGCAGCAGCAAACAUGGGGCCUAACUUGCCUUGGGAGUCUGCAGAAUUAGACUCGUGCUCCAUUUUGUACAGUCGAGGAACUGGGGAGACAAAUGUCACUUUUCCUUUGUUUUAUAUAUAUAUUUUUGUUUGUUUAUUCUGUCAUACACAUUUCCAGAGAUGGAAGUGUUAUUUUUACUGUACUUUUUGGUACCUUUUUUGGAUCUAAUGUAUUCUAUGGUUGUAUUUUACAUGUAUCCUGGAUAAUCUGCGAGAGAUGAAAUCAAGAGACGACAGAACUUUUGAAAUAAACAAUUUGACUUAUUUUUUUUUCCCCCCCAUGUUUCUAGAUUUUUUUUUUUUUUUUUUUCGUACGUCUUUCUGGCUUGUCUGGGGCAUUGAGGCAAGAUUCCGAGAACAAAUGAAUUGAAUUAAAUUUAAUCGUAAGCUUUUCUUCUAGUUAUUUUGUGAGUGUUUGACAUGUAGAUAUGGGCAACCCAGCUUUUUGUUUGUUUUAUAAAGUUAUCUGCAUUUUUAAGUGGCUUUUGAUAGCGUAAUUACACCCAUAACAUGCACACCUGCUAAUGUAUAGUCAUUACUCUUCCACUGGAAUUUAAUUCCGCUAGUGACCUGGCAAAUUCUUAGAAAUAAACUUUUGGUUUAUUAUUUGUGUGGAUGUUUGAUUAUUAACUUAUAAUAAUUCUGAUCGAUAUGGAUUCUGGCAGUUACCUAAAUCGUUGGCAUUUUGAAAUGGAUUCUGGUUGCUUGUAAGAUUCCUGUGUGUUUUGACUGCUCCUUGUAUUAGCUGUUGAAUAUAAAUAUUGAUUUGGA